UGAGGGGUGGCGGGGAGCGGGGCGGGAGCUGGUCCGGGGGAGCGGGCCACAACGCAGCUCAGCGCGGCCCUCUGCUCGCCUCUUGGCUCCCCGGCGCCCUCCGGCCGGCCGGGGGCCCGCGGGGCUGUGUGGGCUCCGGGGCGAGCCGGCCCUCCGCGCCGCCCGGGGCCGAGCGGGGGAAGAGGAGCUCGGUUUCCUGAGGUAGAUGUUUGUGCCUCAGCCCCGCUCUCCAGAGGAAGGUCUCUCUUGCCUUACUGUUGGACUUCAGCAGACCUAAUCUGUGAAGAUAAUUGAAGUUCCUUUGCUCUGAAUGCUCUAAAAAGCCUGAUAAUGGCCCCACUACCAAAUGCUGAAUUAGUUCAGAACUCUCUGCAGUUAUAUCGUUACCUGCUUCGAUGCUGUAAGCAACUUCCUGAAGAGAAUAUUCGUCAGCACUACAGACAUGCGGUCAGGCAGAGUUUCAAAGUCCAUGCUGAUGAAGAUGAUCCUGAGCGAAUUCGGCAGAUUAUUAAGAGAGCCAUUGAAGAUGCUGACUGGGUCAUGAAUAAAUAUAAAAAACAGAAGUAGAAGAGGAAUGAUGAAGACAAAAAUGUCACUGGUAAACCUCCUUAGAGGACUUGCAGUCAAGCCCAGUACUAUAUUAUAGUUAUUGUAUUAUUUAAGAGAAAAAUCCAGGCAAAUACAAUAAUUUGUGUCUCCUCAGGAUGUCAUGAAGCUAAAUUAAUAUUUCUGAAGCUAUUUGAGUCUGGAGAUUAAAAGGCACAGUCUAGGUUCAAUGUAUUAGCUUAUAGAAUCGCACACUUUAGCUUAAAGCCCAAACUUGUCUAAGACUUGAGUAAUACAGAGAGCUUCUCAGGAAAACUUACUGAGAAUAAAAAUGUAAUGGAAUACAACUCAUUAAAAAAUAAUAAAUAGUGGCCUGUCUGUCAUUCAUAUCUG